UACGGUAUACGCUCGUUGCAUUACGUUGUGAUAUGCAGUAGUAGUUUACAAAUGGUACACAUUCAAGUGCUUCCAUGUACACAGCCAUGAAACAACAUCGGUAGAAAACAUGAAACACAGUACAACGCAUUUCACAAGCUACUCGACUCAUUGGAACGGCAGGUUUUAAUAAAAACGGGCAAUGCUCACUCAAAGAAAAGCAUGAAGAUUUUAAAUAAACCAAUGUUCUCAUUGAAACAAAACAUAUAAACGCCUUGUUACAGAGGGUAGUAGUUCGGAAUCUGUGUAAUUAUUAUUAUUAUUAUUAUUAUUAUUAUUAUUAUUAUUAUUAUUAUUAUUAUUAUUAUUAUUAUUAAUAAUAAUAAAAGUGUUUCCUAUGAUUUUUGUGGGCAGUCCAAGCGGUCACGACAGGGUCUAAGAAUUGUGACCAAUUAGGAAGUGACGCGCGAUGUGUGCUGUAUUUGUGUUUUGGAAAGAUGGCGGAGUCCAGCUCAUCGUCUGACAAAAAGAGAGCCGCUGCCAGUCUCUGCGCUGUUAGCAUGGAAUCGAUCGAGAAAAUCACCGAGCUGGAGGAGCUGGAGCGGGUCUACCAGCAACUCAGUGACGUGGAGAGAGGCGUGGAAGCGGAGCUAGAGGCAAUCGUGCAGCAGCAGAGCAACAUCGAGACCAAGAUGAUGGCCCUGCAACGAAUGGGGCCAAACCUGCAGCUGAUUGAGGGCGAUGCCAGCCAGCUGUCUGGGAUGAUCACCUUCACCUGCAGCCUGGCUGAGAACGUCAGCAGCAAAGUGAGACAGCUGGACCUCGCCAAGAACCGUCUCUACCAGGCUAUCCAGCGCACGGAUGAUAUCCUGGACCUGAAGUUCUGUAUGGAUGGGGUGCAGAUGGCACUGAGGAAUGAGGACUACGAGCAGGCGGCCGCGCACGUCCACCGCUACCUCUCCCUGGACCAGUCCGUCAUCGAGCUGAGCCGACAGGGGGCAGGCAGCCUGGUGGAUGCAAACCUGUCCCUCCUGCAGGAGGCUGAGCAGAAGCUGAAGGUGAUCGUGACGGAGAAGCUGGACCAGGCCAUCGAGAAGGAGGACCUGCCCCAGGUGGAGCGCUUCUUCAAGAUCUUCCCCCUGCUGGGGCUGCAUGAGCAGGGGCUGGGGCGCUACUCCCAGUACCUUUGCACACAGCUGGCCAGUAAGGCGGAGGAGAACCUGCUGCUGGCCCUGGGGGUGGAGCUGACUGACCGGAGGGCCUCGCUGGUCUUUGCUGAUACCCUCACGCUGCUCUUUGAAGGCAUUGCCCGGAUUGUGGAGACACACCAGCCCAUCUUGGAGACCUACUAUGGCCCGGGGCGCCUCUACACCCUCAUCAAACACCUGCAGGUGGAGUGCGACCGGCAGGUGGAGAAGGUGGUGGACAAGUUCAUCCAGCAGCGGGACUACCACAGGAAGUUCCAGAUUGUACAGAACAAUAUGAUGAGAAGUUUAACCACGGAAACACUGGAGCCCAGGGAGCUGGACCCAAUCCUGGCCGAGGUGACCCUGAUGAACGCCCGCGCGGAGCUGUACCUGCGUUUCCUGCGGCGUCGUGUCACUGCAGACUUCGAGGUGGGGGACGCCACGGCCCCUGAGAGCCUCAUUCAAGAGCACCAGCACUCCCUGGAGAAGAUGCUGAAUCACUGCCUGCUGAGCAGGAACAUGCAGGAGCUCAUUGGCUAUUACAUCACAAUGGAGGAGUACUUCUUGAGGGAGACUGUGAACAAGGUGGGUGCACUAACCCUGGAAUAGCACCACUGCAGUGUGAGUUGGAAAAGUUGAAUACAAUGGAAACAUUGGUGACAUUCAGCAGAGUGUUCGGUCUGCAGGAUAUUCAUACUGCAUGUCCACAGAGGGUGCAUCUGCUGCAUGUGUUGCAUUGAAAUACUACUGCCUCAGAUUACUGUGUUGGUUUACCUGUCCAUUAUGUUUGCAGGGAUCAUUGCAAUUAUGGCAGUGCUUUGCACAUGUGCAGUGGAUUGCCAAGGUGUGUAAAUGAUGCUAGCUCUUAACUAAUUCAUCUUUAGUGAACAUUUCCUUUGUAAGGAUCUCUGGAGCACAGCAAACCGAUGAACCAAUCAAAUCUAUGAACUGAGUAGCUCCUCUGUGC